UUCCAUUUGGCAAAGACCAAAUGCACUGAGUGGCUUCCCAAAGUUCAUCGGAGAGCCAUGUUUCGAUUGACAGUUGGCUUGGUCCUGCUUCCCUUAAGCUCGGCAACUCUGAGGUACCACAAGGUGGAAAGCCUGGUGGGGCCUGACUUUUUUGAUUAUUGGAAAUUCUACAGUGGGCCUGAUCCCACACAUGGCACCGUCAAGUUCACAACCCGAGGGGAGUCAUGGACGAGGAGGUUGGUCUCCAGCUCUUCCGAGAAGGUGGUCAUCAGUGUCGACAACACCACGGUGCUUCAGGGGAAUGAGGGGCGACCAGCAGUGCGAAUCGAAUCCAAAAAGAGUUAUAACGGUGGACUCUUCGUCUUGAAGUUAGACCAUGUUCCGACUGCCUGUGGAGCCUGGCCGGCCUUUUGGAUGUUUGGGGAUGAUGCCCAGCAUUCCUGGCCCCGCUGGGGCGAAUAUGACAUCCUGGAGUCGAUUCACAUGUUGGACUAUGCCACGACAACUCUUCACACGCGAGACAGCUGCGACCAGAAAGCUGUGAAUGAAGGCAUCGAUUUUAUUGGACAAGGUUGGGCAGCUGGCACUGCUUCCAACAAGGCCAAGAACUGCUGGGUGAAGGCACCUCAGCAGUACGACAACCAGGGAUGUGGACAGAAGCUUCCCAAGGGCUCCUUUGGUCCUGCCUUCAACCGUGCCGGAGGUGGCACAUUUGUGGCUGAAUGGGAUCCAAUUGUGAACAAGAGGCUACGCACCUGGUUCUUCCCAGCUGGGCAGGAACCAGAAAUUGGAGACCGCCCAGAGCCUGACCUGUGGGGGGUGCCAAACUCCUUCUUCACCUUGAACGAAAAGUGGUGCACGGCUGCACACUUCAAGAACAUGCGGAUGGUCUUUGACACCACCUUCUGCGGAGACUAUGCAGGUGCAUCCUUCAACGGUUACUGCGGAUGGACCAACAUGAAGUGCGAGGCUUACGUACGUUCGAAGCCCAACGACUUCAGCAAUGCUUAUUGGAGUAUCCAACGUUUGGAUGUAUAUGAAAAUGAUGCAGUGAUGGCAGCGGAAUCGAAGCAGAUGGCUCUCGGGUCUUCAUCCUUACCUGGGUUGGGUGUCGUCUUUCUGCUGCUGGUGUCGGUGCUGGCCAUUGGCCUCUUUUAUUUCCAGUGUAGCCAACGGCGAUUGGAAGCCAUGCAGAAUGCCGCCAAGACCAGUUAUAAGGGCAACCAGGUGAAUGUGGACUCGCCACCUUUGGGGCUCAGUCCAGGAAGGCGAGGAAGAGAACUGUUCCUGAAAGAUCGCACGGAACCAGUUUCUCCCAGCCGAGCCAGUGAUGUUGAACCUGUUCCACAAGGUUGGACUUGGCACCGAGUGUGGUUGAUGAUGUGCUGUACCUCUGAUGCCCCGUCUCAGACGGGCGCUACUUCGCGACCUGUUGGAUAUGGCGAUGUGGCUCCGGGUAGCCCAGGAGGCAUGAACAUUGCGAACUCGUCCAUGUAUGAUGUCUCCAAUCCCUUGCCGCCUCCGGCGGUGAGCAGUCAACCCUCCAUGAGCCCGGCGUUGACCAACCAGCCAUCACUGGGCCGCAUGCCAUCCUUGGGCCACCAGGGAAGCCUUUCGCGGCAGGGCUCAGGCGUGCUCAUUCGCCAGCCCUCGGGAGCUUUGGUGCGGCAGGACACGGGAGUUGUGGUUGUCCCAGCUCCAUAAUCGCGACGGAACUUUGACCAUGCCAAGCCGGAGUUUCACUGGACAUUGUGCCGCCUUGGACAUUUGCACGAAGCUUGGUGCAAGAUGUUUUUGCCAAAAAAAACUGGCUGGCUCGAAAAUACUUCGAGCCUCCAAGACUUGCGGCCCAUGGCCUUAAGAAACUUGGCAAAGCUAAGAAAAAAAUCGAAGAUUCGGAGCUGCAAAGAGGUGAUACCAAGACUCC